AAAAGCCUAAACUUUUUGAUACUACGAGUCGUCUUCAUCGCCAGAAAGAUGCCGUCGGGGAAAUAUUACUGUGAUUACUGCGACAAAGAGUUUCAAGACACUCAAGUAGCUAGAAAACGCCAUCUUCAAAGCAAACCUCAUCUUCGAGCUAAAGCCCUUUGGUACAGUUCUUCUUCCUCAGAUCUUAUUAAUCCACAAGUCUCCAAUUUUGCGACGAAGGGUCUGUGCAAUCGAUUCAUUACCUCGAAUUUUUGUCCAUUCGGAGAUUCUUGCAGAUACUUUCACCCUAAGAACAAUCCAGGAAGCACAGGAUUUGCAAAUAAUACACAACUUCAUGUUGACAUGCUUAACCAACACAUCGAAGGAAGUACUUUAAACCGUGAUUAUGUUAGUGGGAGACCAGGAGCUGGUUGGUUUGAUCUUCCGCCAUCUCUGAAACCGCCUCCUGAGCAAGGCUAUCCUCAGCUUCCCUUCAUAGACUGGGGAUAGAGAUAAAUUCUCUGAGUAAUGCUCAGAAUCAACAUUGAUGAUUCUUUUUUUUUUUUUUGGUGAUUCUAGGAUUCCUUUCUCUAUGGGUGUGACUGGUUGUUAUAAUGAUACGAGACUACGGUUAGGUUGAUUAGGCCACCGGUUAGGACAUUUUAAUUAAUUAGUUUUGGUGGUUUACUUUAUGAGUUUGGUUUUCAUAAUUUCCUUUCUACGUUUGGGUUAGAAUCUAAGUUGUAUCAUGACCUAUAUAAAUAUAGGUUUUUAUGCUAAUGAGAACUAAACUUCCAAGAAUUAACCUUAAUCUCCAAGAGAGCUUAGGGUUAAGAGGAAGCUAGCUUUAAA